ACAUAACAUCUUCGUUGAUAGGUUUUGUUCUUCUGGUUUUUCGUGGUCUUCGUUGAUUAUCUUCCUUUUCGUGAUUUCUGGGUUUUGAAGGUUUCUGGUUGUGUGAGUGAGUAACGGAAAAGGCAUGGAUGAAAGAGCAUCCUUAUCAAACAAUAUGGAGGAUGAGGAAGCAGAAAAAGCGAGUGAGAUGAGGAUAUUCGUGGGAGGUUUGGGAGAGAGCGUGAGUGCUGAAGAUUUGCAGAGGAUGUUUGGAUCAUUGGGAGUUGUUGAGAGACUUGAUAUUGUCAGGACCAAAUCUCGCAGCUUUGCCUAUGUCGAUUUCUCCCCUUCUUCUCUCAAGUCCCUUUGCAAGCUCUUCAGCACUUAUAAUGGGUGUGUCUGGAAGGGAGGGAGGUUGAAGCUUGAGAAGGCUAAAGAACAUUAUCUUGUCCGUUUGAAACGAGAGUGGGCAGAACAAGCUGAACUUGCAAGUAGGGCACCUAGUAAUGGUUUUGAUGCGAAUGAAGACAUAUCCUCUUCCAACAAGCCUAAGAAAGACCUUAAUUCAGAAACAAAGCAACUUCGGAUUUACUUUCCCAGCUUAAGAAAGGUGAAAGUAUUGCCAUUAAGUGGAAGUGGAAAACACAAGUACAGUUUCCGAAAUGUUGAGGUUCCUCCUCUCCCAAUUCAUUUCUGUGACUGUGAAGAGCAUUCUAUUGAUCCUCAACCUGCAAAAGAAAAACAAACUAGUGAUCUAGAAGCACAAAGUGGGGGCAUAAAUGAGGAAGAGAUUAACAUAAUGAAUUCGGUGAUGAACAAGCUCUUUGAAAGGGAAAAGGUAUUGGAUGCUGCACAUAGUGGAAAUGGACAGGCGAAGGAAAGAGAUAAUUCUGCCAAAUUGAUUUCUGGCUUGCAAUUUGAUGAGAAUGAAGCAGACUCUGAAACGGAUGAAGAUAAUCUCAUAAUUAAUGUGGUGAAAAGGAAAAACAAUAGGAUGGAUUUUUUAGGUGUCCAGGAAAAGGAGCGAAUUUCUGAAAAUCAGGACUCGGGAUUUAGUGGCAAGCGAACUUCCAAGGAUGGGCAAAAUCAGAAUGCGCUCAAAGAGCAGAAAAGGAAUACCGCACCUCCUAACAAGAAGAGGAAAUCACUCAAUGAAGAAAGUGAUGAAAAUGGGUCUCUCUCUGCUAUCACUAGAGGCAAGGGGAAGUUAAAAACCCAUUCAGAUGAGUCAGCUGUAUUGGGAGCUCAACUGGCUGAACCAGAAUCUGGUAUCCAACAAUCAGCUCCAGUUGUUUCUUGGUCUCAGAAGUCUUCGUGGAGAGCUCUUGUUGGUGAUAAGAGCAACACUUCAUUCAGCGUCUCACAUAUCUUGCCAGGCAUUGCCUCUAGCAAGGAACAGCAACCAAAUUUUGAUGGUUCAUCUGUGCCUGACUCCACUUUCAGCAAAAACGACAACCUAGUAAGGCAUGGACAUCACUUGGAAAGCCAUUCAAGUGAAACAAUUAAAGAGGAGGACUCCCAGGACUCGGGAUUUAGUGGCAAGCGAACUUCCAAGGAUGGGCAAAAUCAGAAUGCGCUCAAAGAGCAGAAAAGGAAUACUGUACCUCCUAACAAGAAGAGGAAGUCACUGAAUCAAGAAAGUGAUGAAAAUGGAUCACUCUCUACUAUCACUAGAGGCAAGGGGAAGUUAAAAACCCAUUCAGAUGAGUCAGCUGUAUUGGGAGCUCAACUGGCUGAACCAGAAUCUGGUAUCCAACAAUCAGCUCCAGUUGUAUCUUGGUCUCAGAAGUCUUCAUGGAGAGCUCUUGUUGGUGAUAAGAGUAACACUUCAUUCAGCGUCUCACAUAUAUUGCCAGGCAUUGCCUCUAGCAAGGAACAUCAACCAAAAUUUGAUGGUUCAUCUGUGCCUGACUCCACUGUCAGCAAAAACGACGACUUAGUAAGGCAUGGAGAUCACUUGGAAAGUCAUUCAAGUGAAACAAUUAAAGAAGAGGUCACAGAAACUCAGCCUGCCAAACCUAGUGCAGCUUCAACUAAUUCUGGCAGAGGUGCUGCUUGGCUCCAGAAAUCCUCUUGGACACAAUUGAUUAGUGAGAAUAACAAUAGUUCAUUUAGCCUUGAACAACUUUUGCCUGGUAUUUCUUAUGAAAAGCAAGUGCAAGCAAAGCCCAAUAGUGUGGACAUUGUUGAUUCCACCAACGGCGAGCACAGUGAUUUAAGGAAAGAUGAUAAUAGUGAAUUGCCUGGAACUGGAUCUACUAUUUUGGUAACUGGAAAGGACGUUAGGAGUACUCCAGAGAAACAUCAGCAGACUGUUGUGGGUAAUAAUGAGGCCCCUGCUCCAAUAUUUGAGAGAAAACAUGAUUCAGCACCAAAGCUAACAUCUACUAGGAAUGUUACAAUUGGUGAAACUUGUUCUUUUAUGAGAAGUGCUGCUUCUCUGAAAGAGUGGUCAAAAACUAAGGCUGCUUUAAGUGGGUCACUCAAGAGAAAAAGUGGUGAGAAAUAGAUGCUUUCAGUGCGUUUGGAGUUAUGUUUUAAGUAUAAGGUGUUUGACAUUGCCAUCAAAUUUAAGAGCACUGUCCUAACUUUUGCUUAAUUUUGGGGUUUUACUCUGGAUCAGGCCUCUUUGUAUGUACUUUUGUUUCAUUUUCUAUCUGUUUUGUUAUGGUGCGGAAAGGAAGAAUAUUUACUAUAUUAUGUUCUGAGUGUUCACAUGAUGUUACUUAAAGCAGACAGCUGAGAAGCAUUUCAAGGAA